AUGCGUUUGGAAGGCAAGGCGACCGAUCAGCAGCAGUCGUCCGGCAUCGCCGCACGACUGCUGCCUUCGCUCGAUCGCCUUCAGCCAUGGAUGAUACCGAUAGCGGCUGCAGAAAUAAUUCCUUCACCUAUUCAACCGCGAAAGGUUACGUCUCAUGAUCGUCUCUUCGAGAUUCAUCCACCACGGCCAGGGGAAAUGAUCAAAGAGGCCGUUCAAAUGGCUGUAUGGCCAGCAGUUCCAAGAUUAGCAGCAGAAGAAGCCCGACGCGAACAGAAAGCUGACUCAGGGUCGUUCGUCCGAAAAACCACACUCUCAUCAAAUGCCCCAGUCAAGGAAAAGGGACCAUCAUCUCUGUUCAUAUUCGCUGAAGAUAACAUCAUAAGAAGAAAUGCAAAAGCUAUUAUAGAAUGGGGCCCGUUCGAAUAUUUUAUAUUGCUCACUAUCAUAGGAAACUGUGUUGUUUUAUCGAUGGAGCAGCAUUUACCGAAAAAUGACAAAAAACCGCUGUCAGAGAUGCUCGAACGAACGGAGCCCUACUUUAUGGGCAUUUUUUGUUUAGAAUGUGUUUUGAAAAUUGUAGCGUUUGGUUUCGCAUUGCAUAAGGGUUCAUAUCUUCGCUCAGGGUGGAAUAUUAUGGAUUUCAUUGUUGUAGUCUCCGGUGUCGUUACUAUGCUGCCAUUCUUACCAUCGUCCAACCAAGGCUCCGGCCAACAGGUCGACACGGUCGAUCUGCGGACACUUCGAGCCGUUCGAGUGUUGCGGCCACUGAAGUUGGUUUCCGGAAUACCCAGUUUACAAGUCGUCUUGAAGUCAAUUUUAUGUGCUAUGGCACCAUUGUUACAAAUUGGACUCCUCGUUUUGUUCGCUAUUGUGAUCUUCGCCAUUAUCGGACUCGAAUUUUACUCAGGAGCUUUCCAUUCAGCUUGCUACAAUGAUCGCGGAGAAAUUGAGAACGUCUCCGAAAAACCAAUGCCGUGCACAAAUAAGACGUCACCAAUGGGUGUCUACAACUGUGACGUGAAAGGUACUACGUGCUUACCUAACUGGAUAGGACCAAAUUAUGGAAUUACGUCUUUCGAUAAUAUUGCUUUCGCAAUGAUUACUGUGUUUCAAUGCAUCACUAUGGAAGGAUGGACGACUGUGAUGUAUUAUACGAAUGACUCAUUAGGAAGCACAUACAACUGGGCAUACUUCAUUCCACUCAUUGUUUUAGGGUCAUUUUUCAUGCUCAAUCUCGUUCUCGGAGUGUUGUCUGGAGAAUUCGCGAAAGAAAGAGAGCGUGUCGAGAAUCGGCGUGAAUUUCUCAAACUACGACGACAGCAGCAAAUCGAGAGGGAAUUGAACGGAUACUUGGAAUGGAUUUUAACAGCCGAGGAAGUAAUUCUCAAAGAGGAUCGAACAACUGAUGAGGAAAAAGCAGCCAUCAUGGAAGCACGACGAAGAGCUGCGAAUAAGAAACUCAAACAGGCUUCAAAACAACAGUCGACUGAAACUGAAGAAGAUUUUGAAGAAGAAGAAGAUGAGAUGGAAGAAGAAUAUGUCGACGAAGGUGGAGUCGUCGAGGACGAAUUCGUCGAUCGAAAAAAGAGAGGAUGCUGUCAUUCUAUACAAAAAUUCAUUCGACAAUUACGAAUUCAAAUUCGUAUAAUGGUAAAAACUCAAAUUUUUUAUUGGUCUGUUAUCACGCUGGUAUUCUUGAACACUUGUUGCGUUGCUAGUGAACACUAUGGACAACCCCAAUGGUUCACAGAUUUUUUGAAAUACGCCGAAUUCGUAUUCUUAGGAAUUUUCAUUGUCGAGAUGCUCCUCAAAUUAUUCGCAAUGGGCUCGAGAACCUACUUCGCCUCAAAAUUUAAUCGAUUCGACUGUGUUGUUAUCGUCGGUUCAGCAAUGGAAGUAGUUUGGGCUGAACUAUACGGUGGUUCUUUUGGUAUUUCUGUGAUGCGAGCUCUUAGACUUCUCAGGAUUUUCAAAUUGACUUCGUACUGGGUAUCACUGCGCAACCUUGUUCGAUCUUUGAUGAAUUCAAUGCGGAGUAUCAUUUCACUCUUGUUCUUGCUCUUCUUAUUCAUUUUGAUCUUUGCUUUACUUGGAAUGCAGCUUUUCGGAGGAAAAUUCAAUUUUCCAACGAUGCACCCUUACACUCAUUUCGAUACCUUCCCAGUCGCUUUGAUUACUGUGUUUCAGAUUCUCACCGGAGAAGACUGGAAUGAAGUAAUGUAUCUUGCUAUCGAGUCGCAAGGUGGAAUAUACGGUGGUGGAAUGGUGUAUUCAAUUUACUUUAUCGUUUUGGUGCUUUUUGGUAACUACACAUUACUAAAUGUUUUCUUGGCUAUCGCUGUCGACAACUUGGCGAAUGCACAAGAACUCACCGCUGCCGAAGAAGCUGAUGAAAAAGCAAACGAACUCGAAGAAGAUUCCGAAGAAAUUGAUGAGCAGUAUCAAGAAGGAGAGCAUUGCGCGAUUGACAUGGAAGGAAAAACUGCCGGAGACAUUUGCGCAGUAACAAGAGCUAUGGAUGAUUCGGAUAUGGAAGAAGAGUGUGAAGAAGAAGAGUCACCGUUCGGAGGACCUCGACCAAUGGUUCCGUACAGCUCAAUGUUCUUCUUAUCUCCAACCAAUCCGUUCCGUGUGUUGAUUCAUAGUAUAGUUUGUACGAAGUACUUUGAAAUGAUGGUUAUGGCCGUAAUCUGUCUGUCGUCAAUUUCCUUGGCUGCUGAAGAUCCAGUCGACGAAGAAAAUCCACGGAAUAAAGUUCUUCAAUACAUGGAUUACUGUUUCACCGGAGUUUUUGCUUGCGAAAUGCUUCUGAAGUUGAUUGAUCAAGGCAUUCUGUUACAUCCCGGCUCAUACUGCCGCGACUUCUGGAAUAUUCUUGAUGGAGUUGUGGUUACAUGCGCAUUGUUUGCGUUUGGAUUCGCAGGAACUGAUGGUAGUGCUGGAAAAAACUUGAAUACCAUCAAAUCACUCAGAGUGCUUCGUGUGUUGCGUCCACUUAAAACCAUCAAGAGGAUUCCAAAGCUCAAGGCUGUUUUUGAUUGCGUCGUGAACUCGUUGAAAAAUGUGUUCAACAUUCUAAUUGUCUACUUCCUUUUCCAGUUCAUUUUUGCCGUAAUUGCCGUGCAGCUGUUCAAUGGAAAAUUCUUCUUCUGUACUGACAAAACACGACGCUUUGCGCAUCAAUGUCACGGACAGUUCUUUGUGUAUGAAAAUCAGAACGAUCCUCCGCGAGUUGAACAGAGAGAAUGGAGACUGCGGCCUUUUAAUUAUGACAACACUAUUAACGCAAUGCUCACAUUAUUCGUCGUAACAACAGGUGAAGGAUGGCCCGGAAUUAGGCAAAACAGCAUGGAUACAACAUUCGAAGAUCAAGGACCUAGUCCAUUCUUCAGAGUUGAAGUGGCACUUUUUUACGUAAUGUUCUUCAUUGUGUUUCCAUUCUUCUUCGUCAACAUUUUCGUUGCGUUGAUUAUCAUCACAUUUCAAGAACAGGGAGAGGCUGAACUUAGCGAAGGGGAUCUUGACAAAAAUCAGAAGCAAUGCAUUGAUUUUGCUUUGAACGCUCGACCUCGAUCAUUAUUUAUGCCCGAAGACAAAAACUCAAUAAAAUAUCGUAUAUGGAGACUCGUCACAUCAGCACCGUUUGAAUACUUCAUCAUGACAAUGAUUUGCUGCAACACAAUAAUUCUUAUGAUGAAGUUCUACAAAAAUCCACAAUUCUACGAAGAAAUUUUGAGAUUGUUUAAUACGGCGCUAACAGCAGUUUUUACGGUGGAAAGUAUUCUUAAAAUUCUUGCAUUUGGUGUAAGAAAUUACUUCCGUGAUGGAUGGAAUAGAUUCGAUUUUGUCACUGUUGUCGGUUCCAUCACAGAUGCAUUAGUUACAGAAUUUGGAGGUCAUUUUGUGUCUCUUGGAUUUCUUCGUCUUUUCCGUGCAGCAAGACUUAUUCGAUUGCUCCAGCAAGGUUAUACAAUCCGGAUCUUGCUUUGGACUUUUGUUCAAAGUUUCAAGGCAUUACCAUAUGUUUGUCUUUUGAUCGGAAUGCUUUUCUUCAUUUACGCCAUUGUUGGAAUGCAAGUGUUUGGAAAUAUCUGGUUAAACGCAGCCACUGAAAUCAAUCGUCACAACAAUUUCCAAUCGUUUUUCAACGCUGUGAUAUUGCUGUUCCGCUGCGCUACUGGUGAAGGAUGGCAAGAUAUCAUGAUGGCUUCUGUCCAGGGAAAGGAUUGUGCCAGAGCAGGAAGUGAUGAAAUCAAUAUGGAGAAGGGACAAACUUGUGGAAGCAACGUGUCGUAUGCCUACUUUACAAGUUUUGUGUUCCUUUCGUCAUUCCUUAUGUUGAAUUUGUUCGUUGCCGUCAUUAUGGAUAACUUUGACUAUUUGACUCGAGAUUCAUCCAUUCUAGGGCCCCAUCACCUUGACGAAUUUAUUCGCGUUUGGGCUGACUAUGAUCCUGCAGCAACUGGUCGUAUUCACUACACCGAUAUGUAUGACAUGCUUCGAAACAUUGCACCACCUGUCGGAUUUGGUCGCAAAUGUCCCUAUCGUCUGGCAUACAAACAUUUGAUACGAAUGAAUAUGCCUGUGGCAGAGGAUGGAACUGUCCAUUUUACGACCACACUAUUUGCGUUGAUUCGAGAAAGUUUGAGUAUAAAAAUGCGACCGGUUGAGGAAAUGGACGAGGCUGAUGAGGAGUUGAGGCAAACAUUGAAAAAGAUCUGGCCAUUGAAGGCAAAAAAGAACAUGAUCGACCUUGUUGUGCCCCCAAACCACGAAUUAUGCUUCCAAAAAUUAACUGUUGGCAAAAUUUACGCAGGUCUUUUGAUUUUGGAAAACUAUCGAGCAAAGAAGAGUGGAACAGAGAUCGGUGGGGGAGGUCUCUUCGGCGGAGGUCUAAGAUCACUUGUAGCUGCUGCAAAAGCGGCUGGUGGCGGAUCACAGCAGAACUCCAGCACACCGCAGCCACCUGCAGAGGAAACAGCCCCAAUUAUUUCGCAACAGCAAAACUCCACAUCCUCGCAAAUUACCGCCGUUGGUGGACAGAGACCAUAUUCGUUGUUCAACACUUUAGUGGAUACCAUCAAAGCAGGAAAACCCGAGGGAGAAAUGACGCCAGUUCAAUAUCAAAGUGUCGAUGUUUCUCAAGAAAAAAUGAUGAAUAAUACUGGAAGACGCUUGUCUGAUAUGUUUUCGAAGAUUCGUCGUGGAACAUCAGCAGACCAUCACUUACAUCAGAACUAUUCGCACCACUUCGGUUGCAGUCGAAAUAGAAGUUCCCGACAUGAUGAGACGGAGCAUCUCCUUCCUCAAGACAAUCGAUCCCCAUCUUCGCCGAGAUAUCGAAGCAUGGCUCGAGCAAGUCCUCCGAGCCCCGCCGAGCGUUAUUCGCACGGCCGCUACAGAAGCGACUCGCCCCCUUCAUCACGAUCUGAAUAUCCAAUGUCAAUAAGAGACCCGAUAAUACGCAAAAAUCGCUAUGACAUGUUUGAUCACUCAAGACCUUCUUACGAUUCACACCAUCAUCAUCAACAUCAUCAUCAUCCAAGAGUUUACCAGAACUCUCAUCAAUAUUCGAGAAGUCCGAUAUACUCAGAUGAUUCAAGUAUUGCUGAAAGUUAUCGAAGAGAUUAUCGAAGAUAUCCUGAUUCAACACCGCAGGAUAUUAGCGAAGACGAUGAUCCAAUGCCUAGUGUUGUUCGAUCUCGUCGCUUGCCUCUGAUCGCCACAAUGCCGACGCACUAUGAGUCAUCGUUCCAGCCUGCGCCUUAUAAUCAACCACAGCCAAAUCUUCUUGAAAAUUAUGGGUACCAGCGAGAUUACAAUCCAUCACACUCGCAUUCAUAUCUGCAUCAGCAGCCCAUGUACAACACGUCGCCACUAAUCUCGCCGCGAUCAAGUCAUAGCUACUACACUCCACGGAGUUCGCAAUACUAUGAGAUACCAUCUCCAAGUCCAGACAUGUACCCAUCAUAUCGUGGACCUUCAUCUCCCCGUAGAUAUCCGCAAAGCACCGUCGUUGUUGCAUCAGACCGAGAAGGUUCUAGCACUCGCGUCAUUCAGGCGCAGCCCGGAACUAUUCCACUUUCAGAUUCAGAAGCUGAUGAUGAUCCGAGAUGGGCGAUUGUCUAA